AUGGUUUUAAGUGAUAAUGCAACCCAAUUUCAAUUGGUAUUUCAAAUUAUUAGAAAACAAAACGCAAAUUUCUUGGCAAAGGAAGGUAUCGUGUGGAAAAAUACAAUCCCCAAAGCGCCAUGGGGUGGAGGAUUAUACGAGAGACUCAUAGGCCUUACGAAACAGGCUUUGAAACAAGCUAUAGGAAGAAAACUCUUAAAGGAAAAGGAAUUUAUAACAUUAAUCGCACAAAUCGAAGCAUUACUAAAUACACGUCCAUUAACUUAUGCCGGUGUAGAGGACUAUUGUAUCUUACGUCCAAUCGAUUUCAUAUCACCUACAUUCCCAUUAUGGAUACCAAGGAACGAGGAAAAUGGAGAUUACUCUCCUUAUCCACUAAAAACUAAAGACAAAGUAAUAGAAUGUUGGAACAAUAUCCUAAACACAUUGGACGUUUUCUGGAAACGUUGGAGAGACGAAUACCUUUCAAGUCUCCGUGAGCGAACUCAGAAAGAAAUCACCUUUCCUCGAUCAGUGGAAACUCGAAGACCGACAAUUAACAAAAUAGUCUUAUUAGCAGAACCAAAUAUACCGCGCGGCAUCUGGAAACUUGCAAAAAUCAUCAAUCUUAAAAGGGGUCAAGAUGGGUGUGUUAGGAGCGCAACAAUUCCAAUGCCAAAUGGAAAGCACCUGGACCGUCCCAUAAAUCAACUAUGCCCCUUAGAAAUAAAUGAAUCCGAUAAAGUGGAAGAUAAACAACCUAUCGCCAAGCUAGAAGAUGAACAACCCAUAGCACAACGCACCAGAAGGGCUACCCAACAAGCAACGUUACCUGAACACAAGUCCACUACAUUUACAAAGGCAUUCUUUCUAAUGGCGGUAAUAUCAUUGAUGAUAACGCAGGCAAAGGCAAUAAGAAAUU